AUGGAUAACGUUGCAGAUCCAUGGUAUAUAGAUCCCUCAGGCUUAGUAAAAGACCCUCAAGAUGAAGUGUAUGCUCGGCAUCAUGACAAUGUCAAUCCUUCCAUACCCCAACUCGAAAAUUAUUCCUCGAAUAAUGAAGGUGCAGAUGGUCUCGAUAACUUAUUGGGCAUGGACUACUAUAACAUCGAUGACCUGUUGACUCAAGAAUUAAGAGAUUUAGAUAUUCCAUUAGUACCUUCCCCUAUGACCGGCGAUGAACCUAGUGAUAGGAAAGAUAUUGACAAAACAUGGAAUUUUGCUAGUGACAACAACAAUCCAUCCCAUUACAGCAAGAAAUCAAUAUCUUCACAUAAGAGAGGUCUUAGUGGUACAGCAAUUUUUGGAUUUCUGGGUCAUAACAAGACAUUAAGUAUUUCUAGCUUCCAGCAAACCAUUUUAAACAUGUCCAAAGAUCCUCAGCCCAUGGAACUCGUAAACGAACUGGGAAACCACGUGAAAAAGAAUGAUAAUGAGGAUUUUGCUCAGAUAAGAGAAAAGGAUGGUGAAAAUAGUUAUUUAAGUCAGGUCUUGCUGAAACAGCAGGAGGAACUGAGGAUCGCCUUGGAAAAACAAAAGGAAGUGAACGAAAAACUGGAGAAGCAAUUAAGAGACAACCAAGUACAACAAGAAAAGUUGCGAAGAGUAUUAGAAGAACAAGAAGAAGUGGCUCAAAAGUUGGUAUCUGGGGCAGCAAAAUCUAAUUCCAACCCCGAAUCUCCAGUCGUAUUAAAGACGCCGGCUAUGCAAAGCAGUAAAGCGAAAGAUAAUGCUAUAAUUGUCACAACAAACUCCGCCAAUGGGGGCUAUCAAUUUCCCCCGCCGACGUUGAUAUCACCCCCGAUGUCAAAUACAUCAAUGAAUGGUUCUCCAUCUAGAAAGUGCCACAGACAACGAUAUCCAAACAGAAGCCCGGGAAGUGCUGGGAUAAACCUAUUUUCCUCCAAUAGCACUUACUUAAGGGAUACCGAACUGCUUUCAUUUUCCCCGGCAAACUAUAAUUUGAAUAUGGAUGAUUUGAACUACAACGAUAAUCACGACAAAAACAACAACGAUAGAAGAAAUAAUCCUGGUGACAACAUAUCUCAGCUAUUCGAAAAAAAUUCCCCAGGCGGGCUUAGUAUCUCACCGAGGAUGAACGGUAAAAGUUUGAGAUCACCUUUUCUCCUCAGCAGCAAUAAAAGCAAAGACGAUCGAUACGGCAUUGGGACACUCACAUCCAGGACGCAAUUGUCACCUAUUCAUAGGAAAAAGGAAUCCGCAGUUUCCACUGUCUCGACCAUUUCACAACUACAGGAUGACACAGAACCCAUUCAUAUGAGGAAUACUCGGAGCGCAAUGGCAAGAGAUGGAGACAGUUUACCGUCAACAAGCAUACUACCUCCCAUUCCUGGUUCCAGCAAUAACACUCCAAUUAAAAACUCCCUGCCGCAAAAACAUUUAUUCCAACACACACCCAGCAAAGCCCAAAACCACACAUUACCAAAGGAUGGAAAUAAUACAGAUUCACUUCUUAAUGCAACAAAUUUUACAGAACGCCGAAAAGAUGUCAAGACACCUAUACGAAAUAACAGUUGGAGAGAAACGGAAAACCAUACACGAGCUGCACCUAUCGCACAUGAUCUUCAUGAAAGCCCUACUCUGGAUGUUACACCGGACGAAAUAAUACUAAGGGCAACACCCAUGAAGAUUACUAAGAAACCAACUACACUUCCGCCGGGUACUAUCGACCAGUACGUCAAAGAACUGCCCGAUAAACUAUUCGAAUGCCUAUAUCCGAAUUGCCGCAAAGUAUUCAAGCGUAGAUACAACAUAAGGUCACACAUUCAAACUCAUCUGCAAGAUAGGCCCUAUUCAUGCGAUUUCCCCGGUUGCACGAAAGCGUUUGUCCGCAAUCACGAUUUAAUAAGACACAAGAUUUCGCACAACGCUAAGAAGUAUGUCUGCCCCUGCGGCAAGAGGUUUAACAGGGAAGACGCCCUAAUGGUCCAUCGAAGUCGCAUGAUUUGCGCAGGUGGUAAGAAAUUAGAACAUUCAAUCAAUAAGAAGCUCACAUCACCCAAGAAGAGCCUUCUCGACAGCCCGCAUGAGACGAGCCCCGUGAAAGAAACCAUUGCCCGAGAUAAAGAUGGGAGCAUCCUAAUGAAAAUGGAAGAGCAGCUGAGAAAUGAUAUGCGGAAGCACGGAUUAUUAGAUCCGCCACCUUCCCCAGCGCCAUACGAUCAAAACCCAAACCAUACGACUUCGAGCGAAAGCGACGACAUCUGA